AUGCCUCAACCAUGUUCUCUUAUGGGCCUCCCGCGCGAGCUUCGAGACAUGGUCUAUACAAAUGUAUUCUCCUUUGCCCAUUCGACAGACGAGUCAACUACCCGACAACAUGAGUUGCAUUACGGCGCCGAGGUCCCAAUCAUCGUCCGUUUGAGCACCAUCUCUUUCAACUGGCUCAACCUCAUGCGAACAAAUGGUCUGGUCGCAGAUGAGAUGCGACAACUUUAUCAUAUGUCAUCCUACCACAAGUUCACCGCUGAUCAAACGUGGUCUGCGCAACUUACACUCAACAACGACGAGUACACGCUCACAUGGACAUCGUUACCGUGUCCAUCGUCCUGUGUACGACACCUCUCCAUCAACUUCAAAAUCAACCUCACGCUUUCAAAGUUUGGUCACUGGGAUAAUGACAGCAAAGACAAACCAGGCAGCAUCUUCAAAACACUAUUAGAGCUGCUUAGCCAGAUCGCUCGUCAUGGCCCCAACAUUGCUGCAGAGACAUUACGCCAAUCUAUCAACUUUGAGUCAUUGAGCCUCAAAGUCUGGUUUGCCGACGAAGAGAAAUCAUACUCGGCAUCUUCUGGUCCAGAAAGUAUUUACAUACUCGGAUAUGGCAAGCGUCGUCUCUACAGCCGUCUGAUCGAGGAUAUUGUCACUGCAAGUGGAAACCACGUUUUGGAACAGAAGGUCAGAAGUGUCAGCAUACAAGGACCGAGGAGCUUGGGAUCACCGAAGACAGAUAUUACAAUAUUGUAUAGUGAUGACUGUGAUGGAGAGAUUGAGCGAAAGUAG